AUGGAGGACGGACAUGAAAUUUUGAGCUCCGCUCGUUUAAGAGGAAAUAGCCGACUUUUGGCAGAAACUCUGUCACAGUUAGGUUCUGACGAUUGGGGAAAUAUAUCAGAUAUAUCAUUAGUUGAAAACGUGGCUAACGAAGGGCAAAACAGCGACGAGGAUUGCGAAAUCUUAAAAUUUAUCGAAGACACCGAGAGAGACAUUGCAGCAAAGUCGACUCAGUAUGUGAAGGGUAUAUUAACUAGAGACAAAACAGCGAACCUUUAUAAAAGAAGGGAGAAGAUCUUGGACUACUGUAAAAGUAAGAUUAUAGAGUGUCCAAAAGAGAAACUGGUAAGACGAUUAAAUAGAACUGGCGGCCGAUCUGCGAACGAAAAGCUUGCAUGUGAUAUUAUAGCCUUGGUUAAUUUCUACUCUUCAAGGGAAAUUACGGCAGAGUUUAAUGAUAUGUUUAGAAAACCCCUUUGUGAUAAUACACAGGAUAUUCUAAAAUCAUUAGAUAAAGAAGAGACAAAGCAGCUUAUGACAUUUAUCGAAAAUUUUGAUGUUAAGGUUAGUGAACUAAGGGAGGACUUUGAUCAAACUGUCUCACAGUUUAAAACUGAAAUUUCCGAUUUAAAGGCUAACCUAUGCGAGAAACAAGCAAAAAUUCGAUCCCUCGAGUCUGAACUUGCAUCAUUUCGAGGUAAUUAUAAAGCGAACCUUGAAGAGACGAGGGGAAAAUUGGAAAAUUAUGAAAUGAAACUUGUCGGGCAAGCUGAGAACGUUAUUAAACUUGAGCAAAAAACUGAUAAAAUAUGCAAAGAUCUAGAACGUAUUAAAAAACAACAAAGCAAACGCAUCGAGGUAAUCGAUGCGGAACGUUCAGAGGGGAGUUUAGACAUAUUGUAUUCGAGCGCAGUUAAGUCUACAGAGGCUAAUGCAUCAAAAGAUCAAACAGUCAGUGAUAUAAUUUGCAUGGAAGUUCCACAAACUAAGACAGCUAAUUCUAACUCUGGGACAAACAAUAAAGCUUGUUCAAUUACUUCUAAACAAUAUAUACAACAAAAACAACAAAAGAAUGAUUCAAGCACAUCAUAUGCAAAUGUGAGUCAACCUGAGUCAACUGGCUCUGAAUUGAGUAAGCAAGUACAACAAUCAGAAUGCUCAGUCACGCAGAUUGAAUCAAAUAAGGCUAAUAGUAACAUUGAUAAUACUAAUUUUGAAGACCGAGAAAGUCCAGAUAUUGAGAAAGAAACAAGUGAUUUUGUAGGAGUACAGAGGCAAAAGAUUAAACGAAUUUAUCUCGGCGGUGUACGUGAAGGUACAAAUGCAAUUAAACAGUACAUGCAGGAAAAAGGGAUAUUUCCAACUUUUGUCAGGCUUUUCAAUAGUAAACGAAAAGGCACUGUUGCAGUGCGAAUCAAUGUAAAGAAUGAUGAUUUUGAGCGUGUAUCUGGAAACGAUUUUUGGCCAGAAUAUGUUUAUUCUAGGCCCUGGCUUUCGAAACAAAACUGGAUAAAUAAAAAUGAAACAAAAGAUAGCUCAUAA